AUGCAGGAAGGAAGGUUGGAUAGGAAAAAGCAGCGGAAGAGCAAGGAUUGGGCCAACCAUCACAGGAGGUAUGUCAUACAGUUCGCGCUUAGUGUGGAGCAAGCAAGGGCUGGAAAACGAGCCCAGCUUCAUGAGCACUGCCCGAUCGCGUUCAACAACUAUCUCACAUGGUUUCUUGCAAGUACCCGCGUGGAGGUAUGCAAGCCGGCGUAUGCUGAGGAGAUUCUGGAAGAACCCACCGUUUUUGAUGAGGUAGCCCAGCACCAGUACAACGCAUUAGUCAGGAAAGGUAACUCGGUGAUCCCUUCAGCUCCAAUGAUGAACUUUGUGCGUGCCCAGAUCAAGAAAGCAGCUGAUGAGACCGAGACUAUUCUGGAAACAACCCCGGCUGGCAAAAGCGAUGGGGAAGGUGCACUUCGAGCAUUCAUUAAGCGCCAGGGCCAAAAGUUAAGGCGGCUAUCAAACCCCUUUUCGGUUGCUGAUGAUAUGACCGUGGGGACGUACCAGGCUCGGUCUGCAUACGAGUUGAAGCCUAGGAAGUGA